CACUGCUACGUCACCGGCAGGCAGGGCGAGUCUCCACUGCAGAGACGUACCAAGCGGCGGACUGAAGUAUGUUACAGUACAAAUGAAGGCUUGAAGAAGUAUUUUGGAUACAAAGACAUGGAUUGACAUCGUGCCUUGUUGAAACCCUGGUUCAGAGGGAGCCGUCUGACACUCGUGUGGCGUAGCCACCGGCUCGCUCACACACAGGAGGUCGUGUGUGUGUGUGCGUGUGUGUGUGUGCAACCGUCACCUGAGCCUCCUUAUCAUCGGAUAACCCCUGAAGUGCCCGUCCGAACAGGAUGUCUGCAAGAGAGAGAGGUCAGCGACCUCAGCGCCCGUGGUCAGUGUACAGGGCGAGCACGUUUGACCUCUCAUCAGAGAUGAUGGGGCUUGUGCUAGCAGGAAAUGGCUUGGACCCAGAUGAACCUGUGCUCGAGUUCAGUCUUGCCUGCGGUGAGCUCAUCACACCAUCUCUUGACCGCAAGCCCAACACCUUUGUGGCCGUGAGUUGCACCACACCGCCUCAGGCCUUCUGGACCAAACACGCUCAGACAGAGAUUAUCGAGGGCACCAGUAACCCGAUGUUCUUGAGCAGUAUUGCCUUCUUCCAAGACUCCCACAUCACUCAGCAGACGCAGGUCAAGCUGUCUGUGUACGACGUGAAGGACCGCUCUCAGGGCACGAUGUAUUUAUUGGGCUCAGCACUGUUCACUGUUAAAGAGCUCCUUCAGGAUAAGGAGCACAGAUUACACCUGACGCUAAGGUCAGCGGAGAACGAGCGCGUGGGCAGCAUUAGCCUGGUGGCCCCGCAGAUGGAGGAGAGGCGAGACCAAAGGACGCCCGUCUCACGGUUACCAGACACCAUAAACGGCAGGACGGUUCUCCCUGUGGAUGAGAGCUUGACAGAGUCCUUGGGAGUCAGAUCCAAGUAUGCAUCCUUGUGCAAAGACACAUUCCUGCGAUCAGUGUUUGGAGGCACCAUGUCCCGCAUGUAUCGCUUCCCCACCACGGACGGAAACAACCUGCGUAUCCUGGAGCAGAUGGCCGAGAGCGUGCUGUCUCUGAACGUCCCUCGCCAGUUCGUCAAACUCCUGCUGGAAGAGGACACUGCCAGAGUGUGUGAGCUUGAAGAAUUAGGAGAGCUGUCGCCCUGCUGGGAGAGCCUUCGAAGGCAAAUAGUCACCCAAUAUCAGACCAUCAUUCUCACCUACCAGGACACUCUCAACAACCUACACAACUACAAAGGUCCUUCGUUCAAGGCCAGUAACCUAAAGGCAGAGAGGAAGCUAGAGUUCAUGCCCACUAAUCUCCAUGUCCAGCGAAUGAGAGUGCAGGACGACUCUGGCUUUGACCACACGUAUGACGUGGUGACCAUCGGCGCCCCUGCGGCCCACUGCCAGGGCUUCAAGAACAGCGGCCUGCGGAAGCUCAUCCAGAAGUUCGAGGAAGCCAAGAAAAUCAUUUAUGAGGAGGAAUGCAGCGCACUCUCCAGCUCCCAGUCCAUAGUCUACAUCCCUCAGGACAUCGUCCGCGCAAAAGAGAUCAUCGCUCACAUCAACACCCUGAAGACCCAGGUCAGCUACUACACGGAGCGGCUGUCCCGCGCUGCCAAGGAGCGCUCCGCCAACGGCCUGGAGAGGACCCUCGCCAUCCUGGCCGACAAGACACGGCAGCUGGUGACGGUGUGCGACUGUAAGCUGCUGGCGUCGGCCAUCCAGGCCCUGAACGCAGCGCGGCCGGAGUACAUCGCCUCCAAGGUGUCGCCCUCGGCCGACGCAGAGCAGGUGGUGCUGCGCAACGACCAGGACACGCUACUGGCCAAGUGGAGCGGCAGCAACAGCCGAACCUCGCUGCAUGUGGACUGGCAUGAGGAGGAGUGGGAGAAGGUGUGGCUGAACGUAGACAAGAGUCUGGAGUGUAUAAUCCAGCGUGUGGACAAGCUGCUCCAGAAGGAGCGUCUGCACAGCGACAGCAGUGAGGACAUGGCGCAGUGCGACCUGCAGGGCGGCACCACCCCUAAGAAAGGUAACGAGAAGACGCGAGCCUUCUGGAUCAACCCCAUCUCCACCGAGGACUCUUCCUCCUCGUCAUCGUCAUUACCCUCCUCCCAGCAUGUACAGCCGCCAGACCUGUACCAGAGGUCACUCUCAUCAUCAUCAUCAUCAUCCUCACUGCCUGCCCUUCCCGUUGCAUGCCACCCGGGUUCUAAUAGAAACUCCGCUAACUAUGGCAGUCCAGCAGGCGAGGAGGCCUCCGCAGGUGAGUGGAGUGAGGCUCUGUACCCACUGCUGACCACCCUGAUGGAGUGUGUGGCCAUGAUGAGUGACAAGGCCAAGAAGUCCAUGGUGUUCCUGCUCAUGCAGGACACCGCCCCCACCAUCGCACUGGACCUGGGCCUGCAGUACCGCAGGGACGUGGUCUUCUGCCAGACGCUCACAGCUUUAAUCUGUGGCUUUAUCAUCAAGCUGAGGAACUGUCUCCGUGACGACGGUUUUCUGAGGCAGCUCUACACCAUCGGCCUCCUAGCUCAGUUUGAGAGUCUCCUUAGUACCUACGGCGAGGAGCUCUCCAUGCUGGAGGACAUGAGCGUCGGCGUCAACGACCUUCGGAACGUGACCUUCAAGGUCACGCAGGCUAGCUCAGGCGCGGCCCCCGACAUGCUGCCCGUCAUCACUGGCAACCGUGACGGCUUCAACGUCCGCAUCCCGUUGCCAGGGACCCUGUUUGACGCGUUGCCACGGGAGAUCCAGAACGGGAUGCUGCUGAGGGUCCAGCCGGUGCUCUUUAACGUCGGCAUCAACGAGCAGCAGACGCUCGCCGAGAAGUUUGGAGACACGUCCCUACAGGAGAUCAUCAACCUGGAGAGCCUGUCCCGCCUCAACUCCUACCACGAGCAGUUCAAAGAAGUCUUACCUGAGGACUGUUUGCCCCGAUCCCGGAGUCAGACGUGUCUUCCAGAGCUGCUACGGUUCCUUGGGCAGAACGUGCACGCAAGGAAGAACAAGAACGUGGACAUCCUGUGGCAGGCCGCAGAGAUCUGCCGACGGCUAAAUGGCGUGCGCUUCACCAGCUGCAAGAGCGCCAAGGACCGCACGGCCAUGUCAGUGACCCUGGAGCAGUGUCUGAUCCUGCAGCAUGAGCACGGCAUGGCGCCCCAGGUCUUCACGCAGGCCCUCGACUGCAUGCGCAGUGAGGGUUGUCGGCGAGAGAACACGGUGAAGAACGUGGGAUGUCGCAAGUACGCCUUUAACUCACUUCAACUCAAGGCCUUUCCAAGGCACUACAGACCUCCAGAGGGAACCUACGGCAAAGUAGACACAUGAUGAGACACACACACACACACACACACACACACACACACAAUUAUCUCAUGCUGUUCAUAAAGUCUCACACACUUUAUAUGCCCAGUGACACAAAACGAUGAAAAAAGAACAGUGUGUGAAAUGUAGAUGUUUUAGCUCCUGCUGCAAUCACUGAAGUCCUGUGUGCGGUUAUCUGCACUGGUUGGUUUUAAUGCAUUCUAUCCAUUGUAGGGAAUAUAUAUAUAUAUAUAUAUAUAUAUUUAAAAUGGAUGCCCUUACACACUGCAUUCUCCUAAAUACAUACCAGUCAAACUAUGGAACACUGAAGAGAAAUUGUGGCUUACAGAGUGUCAAGCUCACAUGCAAUCAUAUUUUAUUGGAUCAAAAGUACUUAUACUGUAUGUAUAGUGAUUGACCAUCAGAGUAUACUGCCAAACUGAAGACUGAAGAGCUAUCCAGUUAUAACAUACUAUACAAUGAGCUACAAUGUAUAAAGAAGAAUAGUAAGAUCAUAACAUAAAAAGCUAAAAUAUUAUAAGGAGAAUGCUUUUUGAGAAAUUGGAUGCAGACUGUCUUUAAAAUGUUGCUAUAUGUGCACUGUUAAACAUAGCUAUCUGUAGCCAGUGCAGAGGAUUUGCUUGGCCAGUGUGACUUGCCAUAGACUCAGUGAGUUGUGUCAGAACAUAAUAGUAACAGUAACAGUAGAUCAGUCAUGUAUGAAGUCCAUAGAAAACAUGUAGCAUUCAGUGAAAUAUGGAAAGGCAGAAUGUUAUGAAUAUGAAGUGUAGCCUGACGCCAUAUCUGCACAGAAAGAACAGGUGUACCCAUGGCUUAUUCAGAUUCCAGGGCUCUUGAGUAUCUGCAUAAUGGCCUGUUCUGCUCCCUUAGCUUACACACCCUCACGUUUUUCAGCCAUUACAACAUCAAGCUGUUAUGACUUGUGAUGAUUUUUGUUUGUUUGUUUGUUUGUUUGUUUGUUUGUUUAAACUCCAUAGGAUACGCAACCAUUCUUUUGUCUGUCUGAUUUUUGCACUUGAUUCAGUAAUAGAGCGUAAACCUCCCUCAGACCUCUGCUGUCAUUCCCGUCACACAUUAAGCGCUCUCGGUCAUCACCCGCUGCGUCCACUUCAACAUGCCGUUGUUGUUGUUGUUGUUGUUGUUGUUUCUCUCGCAGCGUGAGACUUGUCUGUGUAUUUUUCAGUGCUUUAACAUGUGACACAAAAAUUAAAGGUGCGGUUCGCGACUCUAAUCCCUUUCUGUCUCUUUUUUUGUCAAGUUCAACAAUUCGCUCUGCACAUUCCAUUAGCUGCUGCGUGGUGUUUGUACACAGCCCUAAGGCUCUAUGUAUAGGAAACACACCUAGUGGCUCACACUGAACCAUGAACAGUCCCAGCCAAUCAACAUGGUGCUGCAGAAGGGAAAGAGGCGGGGUGUAUCAUUUGAUUGGCUCAUGACAUCAGAAUCAGAAUCUCAUGAAAUCUCAUUGGCUCAUGAAAUCGAAACAUAACUGCAGAUUGCAUUAUUAAGCAAGCAUUUAAACUUGGGCAAUAGAGGAUAUACCUGUCUUACUCUUGUGCUUAUACUCAAGCUUCACGUCCCAUUGUGACCAACAGUGGCCAGGUGUGGUCAUCUUCACCAUGAACUGUGAAACAGCCUAUAUGAUGUUAUUGUGGUGCGUCCACCUGUGUCUGUUAUUUUUUUAUGCGUAUAAAUAUAUUAUUUUUGUCUUGAAAUUCUUUGGUUAUCCAUAGAGCAUAUUUUGCAUUACAAGUAUCAUAGUGGUGCAUAAUUUAAGACACUUGCUAAAACCUAUUUAGAUUGGAGCUGUAUUUUUAUUUAUUUAUUUCUAUUGCACUGAACCAUAUUGUGUAUUUUAUUCUCUUACAAACCUGUAUAGGUCAGAUUUCUGCUGUAAUGUAUGCUUUCGAUAAUAUGCCAUUAAAAAGAGAAUAUGAUGUAA